UAUUAGUAUUCUGAAGGAGAAACUGCAGUUACAAGGACAGUUUGUCUUGCAGUUUCAGGACCCUGAUUUUGGGAAUGCCCUUUGCAGCCUGACUGACAUCUCGGAACUGCCCAGUGACAAAGCAGUCUUGCAUAUUCAGUGGUGCAAUUCAUCAUUGUCUGAAACCAGCCUUUCUGUGUCAUCUCUUGAUACUGCUAGUGUUGAUGACUCUGAUGGAUCCUUGACCAGCUCCACAGCCUCUGUACAAAGGUAUUUGCGCACAGCCUCAGAAUGGCCACUGCCAUUCCCCAUCCCACCCCUGUCAUUUGAUGUCGAGCUAAAACUACGACGAGGCAAUGAGACAUAUGCAGAAACACAGACAGGCAUUGAUGUGACCAGAGACAUAAAGAUGGAGAUUCUUGAUAAAAUAGUUCAGGCUGUUUUUGACAUAAAGGCAUAUCCCGACAAUCAAGAAAUUGAGUCCAUUGCAUCUGCACUGAUUUCCAAGUAUCCAUGCCUUAAGAAGCCUGGCAAAGGUAAGGGCUAUGAAGGAUGGUUGAUCAGCCUAAAGAACAAGCUAAACAAUUACCGUUCAAAAUUGAGAGCAGCAGGCUGCAAUGAAGUUAGUGUGAACAAGAAGCGUAAGGAUGUUGAACAUGGACAUGGUUUCACCAUGAAAAAAGCAAAGCGUGGAGAAGUGAAUUUUGUCCCGGAACAUCCAUGCAACCACACUGAUGCUUCACUUGAAGAACAAAGACUUUUAUUGAUCGAUGAAACCAAAAAGGCAAGAAGCAGCAUGGUGGUCAUAAGUGAAAAAAUGGAAUUAACUUUUUCCCUGAGGAGAAAAGAAGUAGUAGAAGAUCAACCAAUGGUUGUAGACGUGCAGCAGAGGUGGCCUGCACUUUUUCUCCAGGAACAGAUUGCUGAGGAAUUCUUCAGAAUCACGAAUAAAGACCUUCUUGAUGUCUUCAGGGCAGCUAUGGACAGAUUUACACCUAAGCUCUUGAAAUUAUACAGAGCUAGAAAAGCUGCAUUUGGAGAGGACAUGGAACAGCUCCUAGAAAGACUUGAUGAAAGGGUGACCGAUGUUGUUAAUCACAGAAGGACUACUGCUUUGAAAGGCCUGCCUUUGUUUCUUCGAGAGGACCCAAACAAGCUGUUCAAGAAAUGCAAAGACACCGAAGAUGGGGCAAAAGGAGUGUCUAUUGCCAUUCUGUGUGUUUUGGAAGAUGACACCCAGGCGACAUCAUCCGAGGUUGUGAACAUUGCUGUUGUGUUGGAGCAGGUCGUCGUUUUGAAAGAUCUCCCAGAUAUUUCUACUGCUCUUGCAUACCUUUUUGGCCUUCUGUAUGCAUUAAACAUGUCCUAUCCUCAAGCUCUUAAGUACACUUUUGACACCAUUCAGAAUGUUUUCAUGGAGCUGGGAUCUGGAUGCACCAAACGUGUACUUUCUCUGAAGAACAAGCUGUUGUAAAGAAAAUCAGAACAGUGUUUUUGGGAUCCUUUUUGGCGUUCAUUUGUUACAAGACCUAAAGUGCGCUUUGAUACAAGGUCUGGGGAUUCUUUUAGUUGGCAUCUCGAUUUCUUGUUACAGAUGUCAAACUGUUCCAAAUGCACCAAACGUGUGCUUUCUCUGAAGAACAAACUGUUGUAAAGAAAAUCAGAACAGUGUUUUUGGGAUCCUUUUUGGCGUUCAUUUGUUACAAGACCUAAAGUGCGCUUGGAUACAAGGUGAUUCUUUUAGUUGGCAUCUCUUUUUCUUGUCAUCAGAUGUCAGACUGUUCUUAAAGUGUACAGUACAGCAUACCAUACCAGGUUAGUGGUUGCAGUAAGCAUGUCUGUUCUUGUAAAUGGUUGUUUAAAAUUGAGGCAUAGUUCAUCCAAAAAUGAAAAUUGUCACAUUUUGUCACUCUUAUUUUGUUACAAACCUGUAUAAAUGUCUUUGUUCCGAGGAACAUGAAGAAAGAUGCUUUGAGGAAUGUUUGUAACCAAACCGUUCAUGAGCCCCAUUCACUUUUAUAGUAGGAAAAAAGAAUACUAUAGAAACGAAUGGGGCUCGUGAUCUGUUUGGUUACAAACAUUCCUCAAAAUAUCUUAUGUUCAUCAGAACAAAUACAUUUAUACAGGUUUGUAACAACAUGGGAGUAAGAAAAUGACACGAUUUUCAUUUUUGGGUGAACUAUCCUUUUAAAUAAAACUGUAAAAAAGUGUUUUAAAUGUUGGUUUAAAUGUGGUAAUUUGAAAAGGUUUAGAUUACGGAACAUGUCAAGACAUUAAAAACAUUUUAUUGUUGGAUACAAAGAAAAAUCCUAAAUUGAUACCAACAAGUUUUAUGCUGUUUUUGUGUACAGUUAAGUGAUUUAAUGAGAAAUUGUAUUGCACUGAUCUUUGUUGGUGUUAAAAAUUGUCUGUAUGCUUAGUGUAUGCAAAAUUUAAGUUCCUACUGAAGAUGGAAUCUGGACUUUUUCUUUAAAGUGCAGCUGUUGUGUCACAACUUUAAAAAAAAAAGUUAAAUAUUGUGAACAGAGUUUGUGCUUGUGUAGCAUCUUAUUUCUAAUUGAAAUAAAUGAUAAAGUAAAUGUUUUAUGACCUGUCUUUAUUUUGCCAAUUGAACAUUUCUCAUCCACAAAACAUAAAAAAGCUAAUUAACUGAACAACAGCAAUUGCGGUGACAUAAAUAUCAUUAUUAG